CAUAUUCACUUUUUCUCUGCCCACCACAUGGGCCUUAGAGCACCUGUCGCAAUCCCGUAGAUAUCCUCAACUUACCAAGGUCAAUUUCGUCCUUUCAGUUAUUCGGUCUAUAUAAGAGACCCGCGUAGAGUACAACUCCUUACAAUUCCAAAUCGCAAACCGGAAAAGUUUCUCCACUCUCACACACCACUCAUAUUUUGUCACUAGAGAUGUCGCCGGAGAUCGGAAAAUCGAUGAAGAUCCGUUACAUCGUUAAGAUUCGUCAGAUGCUUCGGCAUUGGAGAAAAAGAGCUGUGUCGUCUUCAUCUAAACGAAUAGCUCCUGAUGUGCCUGCCGGACACGUGGCAAUCUCCGUAGGCAGUAGUUGCCGGAGAUUCGUCGUGCGGGCGACAUACUUAAAUCAUCCAAUUUUUAGGAAGCUAUUGAUUCAGGCCGAGGAAGAGUACGGUUUUUCCAACCAUGGAACCUUGGCUAUACCUUGCGACGAGUUCCUGUUCGAGGAGAUCCUUCGGUUUGUCUCUAGAUCCGGAUCGGGUAACCCGACCCGUUCAUUGAGCCUUGAGGAUUUUCAGAAAUCAUGCCAUGCAAAGUACCGGAAUAGUGUGGAGAAUUUUGGUGAAUCUCGGCCACUACUGAGAUGUACUGAAAAAUCAGUUUGUUAAAAGAUUAGAAAAUUCGAUUAGGCAGUAGAAAUUUGUGAGGUUGCAAUUAAUGGAGAUGGCGAAAGGCCUUUGAGGACUGAGUCAUCCCGAAUUGUGCUGAUGAAAGACGCCAGAUUAUAAAGAGUGUCUGUUAGUAUUUUUCUUUUUGAAAUUUACAAUAUUAUUAUUCUCUCUUUUUCUUUUUUUCUCUCGAGACAAAAGUUGUACAAUUUGAUACGUAAUUGAUAUACUAUACAAUGAAUAUUCUUCUAA